AUGGCCGACGAAAAGAAGACCCAAAACACCAAGCCCGCCGAGGAGGAGAAGAAAGAAGAGGAAGAGUUGGACUUGCCGUAUGUCCCCAUCCCUCCCCCCUCCCCCUCCUUGCCAACCCCCCCUUGCGCGGUCUUUGUCGCUGACUGUAUCGGUAACAGUAAUGUGUGGAUGAAAAUCUCCAUCAACGGCAAACCAUUCAAAACCUCCUCAGGACACGACAGGAUCGUAUACCAGUUGUAUGAUGAUCUUUGUCCAAAGACAUGUGCGAAUUUUAGGAGUCUUUGUACCGGUCGCCACCCUGGACCGAACGUUUCGGCUACUUUUAAAGCUCUCUGCCCCGGUCUCACAUGCGACGGCUCCCCCCUCCCCUCCACCUUUGCCUACGCCCCCUCCACCCCCUUCCACCGCGUCAUCCCCGGCUUCAUGGUCCAAUCCGGCGAUUUCGAGCGCCGUGAUGGUACGGGGGGCGUAUCGAUCUAUGGGGAGCUUUUUGCGGAUGAGAAGGUUGGGCUUGGGGGGCCUUUGCCGAGUGCUGUGAGGGCGAAGGAGAAGGAGAAGGAGCAGAAGGUGGAGGAGGAGCAGAAGGAGAAGGAGGGGAAGGAGGGGGAGGGGGAGAAGGAGAAGGAGGGGGAGAAGAAGGUGGAAAAGAGGGAGAGGCUGAAGUUUGAUAAAGAAGGAAUACUCGCCAUGGCGAACAAUGGCAAGGAUGCGAAUGGGAGUCAAUUCUUUGUCACAACCGUCAACGAAUGCGAGUGGCUCGACGGCAAACAUGUCAUCUUUGGCGAGGUAAUUGAAGGGUAUGAUAUCAUCAAGGAGAUUGAAUCGCGAGGCAACAAGGAAGGCAAGAUGCCGCGGGACAAGAUCCUGAUUGCUGCUGCCGGAGCCGUCUAG